CACGAUAUAUAAUCGAUGGAAUGACUUCUUCAUGCUGCACCUUCGAGGCUAGAAGUCAACAGGCGCCUCGAAAGAUCAUUUGGAUCACAUUGAUCCGGAUUAAUGUCUUCUCACGGUGAAGUUAAACGAAUAUGUAUAGAUUUCCGUAUUCCGAUGAAAUGGAGACUACAUGGUAAUUAUCAUUGCUGCUAUGAGAAAGGAGCUCUAUUAAAAUUAAUAAUGAAGGAAAUGUAACGUAGAAAAUGAUGUUUUUCUGUUAUUUUUGUACUUGGAGAUUAUGCGCUCUAAAAGAUUAUUAUAAUUAAAAAAUGAAUUUUGUGGUGAAGAAAGUAAUCUGAAAAAAGGACUCAAGAAACUGAAACAUUGUUAUUUGGAAAUGUAACACAGAAUAUCUUCCAAACGUUAUGAAUCAAGAUUUAUAUUAAAGCAAAGAAUUAAACAAUUCACAAAAUGGCAAGAAGUUAACAUUGAUGAUACCGAUUUAUGAAAGAAGAAAGUGGUGCAAGAUGCAUCUUACCCAGAUCAUGAUAAGAUUCUAAGGCAAGGUGAGGCAAGUUUUCUUUUGAAAAAAAACGAUACGUGAGUGAAAUUCUGAUCCCUUGGCUUUCUUCACAAUAUGUUUUAUCUUCAGAUAGCAAUAAUUUGUAUGGCAAUAGUCCACGUAAUAUGCGAUCUACCACCUGGGACAAGACGUAAUACAUAUCUGCCUCCUGAACCAACUAAGGGUUACAAUUAUGAAACGCCUUCGAUAGUAUUUUCAAAAUCAACUCCAUUUAGUACUACACCAUCCAGUCAUACAUAUCCUAAACCAACCACAAAAUUUCCGACGUCGAGACCUUUCAAUGGUUAUCCACCUCCUACUAAACCUACUCCAGAAUUUCCUGACUCAACCAGACCUACUGGAACUACUAUACCAAAUGGUGGUCACGAUCAUCAUCAUCACGAACCAGGCAUGCCAUUUGACUUCAACUAUGCGGUGAAGGAAGACGCCUUUGGAAACGAUUAUUCCCACAACGCGAUAAGCGACGGUGACAUCGUCCGCGGGGAAUAUAGAGUUCAGCUUCCUGAUGGAAGAUUGCAGAUUGUCCGCUAUACCGCCGAUUGGAAACAUGGGUUUAGCGCACAGGUUUCCUAUGAUGGAAAUCCACGUUUCGACGUCUCUCGACCGCCCGGCAAUUUUGCAGGCUAUUAAGUUAUUAAUGUCCAGUUUAUGGUUGCGAACCAUGUUAAAAUGUUUGUCUUGCGGUUUUUAUUGUUGGUUUCCACGCCUCUGUGUUGUCUCUACGCCUCCAUUGAGCGUUGGAUCGUUCGUUUUCAGCAUAUCGAGUCAAUCGUGCCAAAAAAAAAGUUAUUAUGUGCAUAAUUUUUUUAAUAAUUUUAAUAAUUUUUUUUUUAAAUUUUGCGAAUAUUUUUUAAUAAAAAAAAACUUUUUGACCAAAUCUAAAAAUCAAUCGAGAGAUAUUUACUAUAUUUAUUAUUAUGAAUUUGAUUUUGUUUCUAUCAUAUUUUGAUUCGGUGGAUUUAUUUUGAUUAACUCAAUUUGUUGAACGAUAACUGAUUGUGAGAUUAUUAUUCUUUAUCUUGUCCUUUUUUUGAGGUCGCUAGUGUCGUCAAAUAGUGGUUCUAGGAAAAGUGGCACCAUUUGAAUAUGCAGAUUUUUUUUGAGAGAAUUUUCAAAAAUUUUUUUUAAUGUCAAAUAAUGUAAUUUUAAUUUUAUUGAUAAUUUAUAAUAUCUUUAAUUAAAAAUUUUAAAUGAAGAAUAAUUCUGCAAAUUAUGAUAUCUUUUUUAUGGUAUCUAUAAUUUUAUAUUAAAUUUUAUAAUAAAAUAUGAAUGAAAAAUAUUAUUUUUGCGACCAAAAAUGGUUCAAUACCAACUGGUACUUAUUCGAUAUCCUUAGCCAUCGCAAAAUCUAGAUCUAAAUAAAAAAAGACCUUAGGCCAGAGUAUAUUUUAUAUUCUCCAAUUAUAGAUGUAUCCAAUGGACAUGGAUACACAUAUAGGAGAAAAAAAAUAAAAAAGUUUCAUAAAGUUUCAUAAGUCAAGGUGUACUUCUCUUUAAAACAUGAAGUAGCUAAGGACUAACUUGUAGUAAUAACAAUUCGUUUUAAGGAUGCUGAUGAAACAGUACUAACCCUUUGCUAUCACGUAUGGCUACUUUGUUUGUAAAGAUUUUAUAAAUUGUACGAUAAUUUACAAAGUAAAAAAUAUGAAUGAUGUUAUAUAAAAUUAUUUGAACAUAUUUCUUAUCAUUAAUUGAUAGGAAGGAUGAAAGCGAUGUAUAGAAAUUUAAAGAUUUUAAUAAA